CCAUUCAUCGACAUCUUCUUUCUCGAGAUGCUCACCAUCCUUUCUGCAAUCCAUCAUAUUGCCUUCUUGCAUCAUCCACCACAUUACGUGCUUAUCUGGACUGACAGCCUUAAUUCAGUCGAUGCCCUCAACUCCCUUAGUGUUCAACAGAGCCUCCAUAAUGCCCCAUUGAAAGCCAUCGCCGGCAUUGUCAUGGAGUCCGGCAUCGACAUUCGUGUCCACCACAUUCCCGGCAAGCAGAAUAUCUGUGCUGACCUGCUCUCUCAUCUGCUGCUAGAUGACUACGCAGCUCAGUUUCCCGCUGACCAUGUUCACCUGUUCUCACCUCCA